AUGACGGGCAUUUGGUCGACGAUAAAGUCUGCUGCACCCUCGCUCGGCCUGGGGUCGCAGCAGCAGGAGAGUAAUGGGCCGCGGUCACCCGAGACGAACAACAACACUGCGCGAUCGCCUUCAGAUUCGGAAGCAGGAGAAGGAGGAGGGAAAGCCGGCACGCCGCCUGCAUCGAGGUCAUUGCCAAGACCUCCCAGCUCACUGGAGACCCGAGGAGGAAGUAUUCAGGGUCCAGUGGUCCCCGCCGCACAGUCCCAAUCGCAAUCGCAAACCCGGAACUCGAUGACCAAAAGCCCGGCUAGAUUGUCGCGCAACAGCACCAGUACCACGAUCAUCUUCAAGGAUAGGGGGAAGGGGAAAGAGAAGGAAAAAGAGCGAGACACAGAGGGUGAGGAUGCAGGCGAGACAGCCAACGCUGUUCUUGCCACUGCGACUGGAACUAGCACGACCGCUGCUGCGAAUACUGGGACUGGGACCACAAACGGUGCCAACGGGAGUGCAGAUGUAACGCGACACACGGCUUCUACCCCCGCGCACACACCAGGGGUGAACUCUGCCAUCGACCCCUUGUCACAGCAAAUAUUUAUGCGAAAGAACACCGAGCCGUCGAUCCCACAACGACUUACGCAGAUGGCCGAGGGGUUGACCCGCGCCAGCACCGAGCUGUCGCGCAGCAAUGCCACACCGGCCAGUGGGGACGUGGGGAAGGAUAAAGGCAGCAAAAAGGGCGGUUCGUUCCUCAGCCGACUGCGAGGUAGCCGGAAGAAAGACCUCGCCGGGGUGGACUUUGACUCGGACUCGGAGAUGGGCAGCGAGGCACGUACGGACGGCACCAACGCGCGCGUAUUCAGCCAAACGGUGGGCAGCCCCUUCAUCGGUGCAGGUUAUGUGCCCCAUCAUAAGGAACCGCCGCGCUACAUCCGGACGCGGUCAAGCAACAAGCGCACGCGGGAGUUCAACCGCAUGUUUCUCGCCCAGGAGCUUGUUGGGACACGACCACCGGAGAACGAGGGGGAUGGAUCGGCGGCGGUUGGGACCGACAAGGCGCCCGUGGUAUCGGUCAGCGUGGCCGGGGCUAGCGACAGGAAGGCGACACGGACGGGAGGCGCGAUCUGGGCGACCGAGUUCAGCAAGGACGGACGAUAUCUUGCUACAGGCGGACGGGACCAUGUCGUGCGGGUCUGGGGCGUCCUGGCAACUCCUGAGGAUCGGAAUGCGGACGGGCGCGACGACGGCGAUGAUGGGGAAGGAGACCACAACGGCAGCGGCGGUUCUGGGGAAAGGCUUAGUGCGCCUGUGUUCAAAGACCAGCCGGUGAUGGAGUUCCGCGGGCACACAGGGGAGGUGCUGGACUUGAGCUGGAGCAAAAACAAUUUCCUGCUGUCGUCGUCGAUGGACAAGACGGUGCGGCUGUGGCAUAUGAGCCGGAACGAGGCGUUGUGCACCUUCAAGCAUAAGGACUUUGUCACGCGACUGGCGUUUCACCCGCGCGACGACCGGUUCUUUUUGGCUGGCUCGCUAGACACCAUGUUGCGACUCUGGAGCAUUCCGGAUAGCGCAGUGGCUUUCUCGGCGCAGUUGCCGGAUUUGGUCACGGCCGUGGCGUUUUCGCCCGACGGGAAUGUCGCCAUUGCCGGGCUGUUGAAUGGGAUGUGUAUGUUCUAUGAGACAGAAGGGUUGAAGAUGAGCUCGCAGAUCCAUGUGCGGUCGUCUCGUGGGAAGAACGCCAAGGGCAGCAAGAUCACGGGCAUCCAGACUAUGGCCGUUCCACCACCAAAUCCGCUCGAGGGACUUGGGGCACAAGCACCUGGGUCGGCUGCCGCAUCGGUGGCUUCCACGGCGGAGAUCGCAGCGAGCGCUAAGGAGGUCAGGGUGCUGAUUACGUCGAAUGACAGCCGUAUACGGAUUUACAGUCUGCGGGACAAAACGCUGGGCCUCAAACUAAAAGGCCACGAGAAUGCCUGUAGCCAGAUCGCGGCGACCUUUUCCGACGACGGGAAGCACGUUAUCUGCGGAAGCGAAGACCGCAAGACGUUCAUUUGGAGUCUGGCCGGCAACGCGGCGCUGGUCCAGGACAAGGACAAGUUCCCCUGUGAACACUUCGAAGCCCACGGCGAUAUUGUCACCACGGCGGUCUUCGCGCCGACCAAAACGCGCAUGCUUCUCGGCCAAAGCGGCGACCCAAUCUACGAUCUCUGCAACCCACCCCCGGUAGUCCUGCAGAGCCUAGAAGAAGCAGCCAGCGCAGCCGCUAGCCAAGUCGCCCUCACCAACGAUUCCCACCAGCCCAGCCACGCAGACACGGCCCCGACGGCCUCAUCUGCUCUUAUGUCGCCGCCGCCGACGACGAAAAAGCCCGAGCCCAGCGCGGGGUAUAUUGCUCGGUCCACCCAUUACGAUGGCAACGUCAUCGUCACCACAGGCGACACGGGCAUCAUCAAGGUGUUCCGGCAGGACUGCGCGUUCCCCAGGCGCCGGUACGAUUCCUGGGAAACUGGCAGUACCCUGAGCCGGAAGCUCGCUGCGGCUGCUGUCGCAGCGGGUAGCAGCGGUGGUGGUGGGUAUAUUGUGACUGCUGGGGGGUUACGCCGCAGUGGGAGUGUGGUGACGAGGACGAGCGCGAGCAGUACCACGGCACCACACAGUCGGCGUGGGUCGCUCAGCCAGCCGUUUCCGCCUGGAAGUGGUGUUCAGGGGUCACCGCAUCAUUCAGCAGCUGUGGGUGCGCAUCCCGAUCGGAUUUUGAGUUGGCGGCAGGGUAUUGAGCAUGGAGGGUCAGCGGGAGGAACAGCAGGGAGUGAGGCCAGGGCUGGUGAUAGACGCUCAGCACUGCUCGCCAGUGGGACACGUACCCCGACUCGCAGCGAACGCUCCCUUAGCCCGACCAAAGCGAGUCGGACGUCGCUGAACUCGGCGUAUAACAACUUUGCCAGCGAGGCACGACGGCAACCGUAUGCUGGUGCAUCACCCUCUGCCACUGGGCAUUCUACCGGGCUGGGCAUUGGACCGGGCGCAGGAACGGCUGCUGCUGCGAGGGCGAGGGCGGGUAGUUCUUUGACGAGCCCCCUGGCGAGCCCGACGACGAGUGUGUUUAGUAGCCCCCCUGCGUCGUUGCGGGGGAGUCAGAGGGAUAGAAUCCCGGGGCGGUUGGUGAAAGAAAAAGAAUCGAGGGCCGGGUCCUUGCUGAAUAUUGGGAGGAGGAGGAGUUCGGUGAAGAAAGAAGAUGUGCCACAGGUUCCGCAGCCGGCGCAGGGACGGGAGAGCGAGCAGAAGCAGAGACAGGUAUCCAGCCCGCCGACGCCGGGGUUUACGUUCAAAUCUGCGGAUACGCCGGAGGGUGGAGAUGACGGUGCUGCUCAUGAUGCUGCUGACCUCGAUGUUCGCGCGGCUGAGGGCCCGUCCGACCAUCCCGCAGAUACUCCAGAGGCCGCCCCCUCAGUCGACCCCAUACCAUCCUCAUCACUCGCCCCAUCUCCAAUGGAUCAACCCACCUCGACCUCCCCCUCAACCUCCUUCUGGAACCUCAACCGCUGGCGCGGCAUCACCCCGUUCAAAUCCAGCAGCGGGGACAAAUCACCGUCCGCAGCCGCACAAGCAGACCAAGACCACAACGAAGACCACCCCCAAAGACCAGCCGGCCCGGGCCACGGCCAUGGCAAACGACAAAAAUCCACCAGCGGCUUCAGCACCCGCACCAUUACCGCGGCUACUAUCGGAGCGGGACGGCCGUCACUGGGGCGAUCGUCACUGUCACGUUCGCGGUCUAAGUCGAAGUCAAGGUCGAGAGUGCCUACUGCUGCACAGCUGGGGGGUGAAGCUGGUCGGGAUGAUCUGGGGGUUGAGAAGGAUGGUGAGGCGACUGGCCGAGGGGAUGAGGCUGUCGGGUUGGUGGAAGAGGACCGAGGCGAGGGACCUGGUCCCGGGGGUGCUGCUGUGUUUGAGGGACAUGCGCAUGCUAGUCGGUUGGGAGCGGUAUAG